AGUGAUAAAGGCUAUAAAGGUGGGAAGAACAACUGAGAAAAGGAUUUUCCUUUGUUUAUUUCCCUUUGAGAAGAGAAGAACCCGGGAACACCGAUGAGCUAAGAAACAGGAGCACUGACACUUGAUUCAUUUUGUGACCCUGCCUUUCUGCUCAGCUGGACCCUGCUGACACUCUGUUCUUUCACAUUCAAGAACGAUUUUCUUUGUAUGUGGAACUGUGACCUGGGAAUGCGUUAUUAUGGCAGCAGUUGUACAGCAGAAUGAGCUUGUGUUUGAAUUUGCCAGCAACGUCAUGGAGGAUGAGCAGCAGCUUGGUGAUCCCUCUAUUUUCCCUGCUGUCAUUGUGGAGCAUGUUCCUAGUGCAGACCUCCUGCAUAACUACUCGGGUUUAACCUGCGUGGAUGAACCUAGUGACAUGAUCACCGAGAGCUCUCUGGACGUCGCAGAAGAGCAGAUCAUAGAAGAUGAUGAUAUCACUCUCACAGUUGAAGCAUCUUGUCAUAAUGGAGAUGAAACAAUGGGAACAAUCGAGGCUGCUGAAGCACUUCUCAAUAUGGACUCCCCUGGUCCUAUGUUGGAUGAAAAAAGAAUAACAACUAUGUUUGGUGCAACUGAAGACGAUGAUAUGGUGGCUCCUAUUACACACGUGUCAGUCACACUUGAUGGAAUCCCUGAGGUGGUGGAAGUUCACCAAGCCCCAGACCCUUACGCUGAGUCACCAGAAACUCCAGAAUUUGAACAACCAAAGAAGAAAAAAGGGAAGAAGCCAAAACCGUCUCGUCCUGAGUCGCCUACUACAACUCCAAACAUAUCUGUGAAAAAGAAAAAUAAAGAUGGGAAGGGAAAUACAAUUUAUCUCUGGGAGUUCUUACUAGCACUGCUCCAGGACAAAGCUACGUGUCCUAAAUAUAUCAAAUGGACUCAAAGAGAGAAGGGCAUUUUCAAACUGGUAGAUUCCAAGGCUGUGUCCAGGUUGUGGGGAAAACACAAAAACAAACCUGACAUGAAUUAUGAAACAAUGGGUAGAGCUCUCAGAUACUAUUACCAAAGAGGAAUACUGGCUAAAGUAGAAGGUCAGCGCUUAGUGUACCAAUUCAAAGAUAUGCCAAAAGAUCUCGUCUAUAUAGACGAUGAAGAUGCAAGCCCCAGCACUGAAUCAUCAGAGUCAUCUCUGCUCUCAACUCCUGUGGCCAAUAGAAACCAGUCGAGCAGAUCUAGAGCAUCCGCAAACACGGGAACAAAGGGAGGAUCAACCACAGUGCUAAAAACAGGAAGCUCAAAGCCUGCUAAGCUGAAGGAGCAUGCAGAAGUUGCACAGCAGCAGACGCCUGCCUUAACCUCAGAAGUUUUGAGGACAAUGCAAUCUCCACAGCCAGUGUAUCCCACUCAGCUUUUUCGGACACUUCACGUAAUGCAGCCGUUGCAGCCCCUCCCGGAAGGACACGGGGCUGUCGCCAGCAGUGUUCCAGAGGAUACGUUAAGUCCCUCCGUUCAGAGCAUAAGGACUUUACAGACUCCAACCCAAGUCCCAGUGGUUGUUUCUCCCGGCAAUCAGCAGCUGCAUACUGUAACACUCCAGACAGUGCCUCUAACUACAGUGAUAGCCAGCACAGACCCAGCCUCAGGAACAACGUCCCAAAAAUUCAUUUUACAAGCCAUUCCUACUUCUCAGCCCAUGACGGUUCUGAAAGAAAACGUCAUGCUACAGUCUCAGAAGCCAGUCUCGCCCCCUUCCUCAAUCGUGCUGAGCCCAGCCCAAGUCCAGCAGGUGCUCACCAGCAGCGUGCAGACAGUUUGCAACGGAACAGUCAACAUGGCCUCGUCUCCAUCCUUCAGUGCCACUACCCCCGUGGUGACGUUUUCGCCCAGCAGCUCACAGGUGGUAGCGCAUCCAUCGGGCACGGUGAUCACUUCAGUUAUUAAAGCACCAGAAACGAAACAGGUUGGCCUACAAGGAGAGGUAAAAGAAGAAGAGAGUGACCAGCCAGAAGACACUGAGGAGCCGGAGCAGAGAUUCCAGCAGCAGCCGUUUGUGAUGGUGGUGUCCGACUCCAGUGGUUUCCCAUCUAAUGUGCAAGUGAAGCAAGAAAAUGAGCCCUUGGAACCCAAUUCACAUUAAUAAAUUUAAAAAAAAAAAAAGACCCUGUGGAUGAUUAUUUUCAUAAAUGUGAUGGGACCUUUUCAGUUAUGUAUAUAU